AUGUCAUUUGAUAUAUUUUGGGAAAAGUUAGAUAAAGACUUGGCUAACAAAGUUCAAGAUUUAUUAAAUGAAUAUUUUCGUAAUUCAAGCAAUAAACCAUCAUUUAUAGGAGAUAUAGAAAUUUCAGACUUUAGUUUUGGUACUAUACCACCUUCAAUAGAAAUAGUUAAUGUCACAGAUCCUUUUCUAGAAUUUUAUUUACCUGAUAAUGCAAAUAUCGAUGUAGAAUGUAAAUUUGCUGAUGAUAAUUAUGAACAUUUACCCAUUGAAUUUCCCAAUAAUCCAUCAAUCGACAAUAGUAGUACGCAUUUAGCAGAUGAUACAUCCGUAAAUAGUUCAUAUUUAGAUGAUACUUCAAUACAAUCGGAUGAAUUAACAGAUGAACCUGAAGUUCCAUUGAAACAAGAUACUGAUGACGUUCAGAUUGAAUCUGAGAUCGGAGAUAAAGAGAAACAAGUUCUUAAAAAUGUUGGAAAAUUGGAAAGAUUUAUAGUCGACCAAAUAAGAAAAUUAAUGGACGAUGAUUUAGUGUUUCCUAGCUAUUAUUCAAUUGAAUUGUGA